AUGUCUCUCCCUCAGACCGCGACGAUGAAGCCGACACAGUCUUCGAUAAAGUCCUUCUUCCAACCUCGCCAACAACCGUCUUAUGCACCCCCGCCGCCGUCGUCAAAGUACGCGCCCGCGCCUCCGACAACUGGAGCUGCUACUGCUACUGCCCCUCCUCCCGCCGCCAAACCCCCCACCUCGACCACGAUAACACCUCCCCCUUCAACAACCACGGCAUCACCACCGCCGCCGGUGACGACGCCUCCGACACCAGCGGCCUCGAUGCCCAUCCAUCCUAGUGCCGGCAUUCGCCCCGUGGACGACCAUGACCUGCAGCCUCUCCGCCGAAUAAACUCCCUCCUCCUCCCAGUCGCCUACCCCGAGACUUUCUACGCCGCCGCCCUUACGGGCCCCCUCUCCCGCGUCAUCACCUGGUCCGACCCGUCCUCCCCCGGUGUGGAGCAGGUCGUCGGUGGCGUCGUCUCCCGCAUCGAACCCUCCCCCUUCCCGCCCGCCUCGCCAGGCGCUCGCCCCGAACACGCCCUUUACAUUCAAUCCCUAGCCCUCCUCUCCCCCUACCGCUCCUACGGCCUCGCGACUGCAGUCAUCGAUCACCUCGUCGCCGCCGCCGCCGCUUUGUCUCCAGAGAUCAAUCUCCGCCAUAUCUACGCCCACGUGUGGACGGACAAUGAGGAGGGCAUGCACUGGUACACUGCACGCGGCUUCGAGCGCUACGGGGAGCCACUACAGGGAUACUACAUCAAGCUGCGCCCCGACUCGGCCUGGAUCGUCCGCCGCACUGUUGGGCCAUUGUCGGUCGGCGCUGGCAGUCGACACACGGAGAAGACGGCUGCGCCCGUCCCCGGUCCCACCGCAGCUGUUGCAAACCUUCCUCCCAUGAGCGGCGGUCCGCCUCGGGCCGCCGACGAGUCACUCUCAAGAACCCCCUCAGGCCAAUCCUUCCAAAACCGCCGAGCCGCCACAGAGUGGAACGACCUGCCCGAAGACAUGGCUUCAAGCAUGCUCGCCCCUCCCCGGAACAGCGGCGGCUCAGGUGCAAGCUCAAGGAGCAGCUCCAGCGUGAGGAAGAAGAGGGACAGAUCAUACCCCGCUGCGGCGUUCCAGGGGUAG